UUCAGUCAACCUUCAACAACCAGAAUUCCAAUGAUCCAUUCCAAUCCACCUUCAACAACCAGGAUUCCAACCGUUUCUCUCAGAACUCUCAGACCACUCCUUCCUCAAUCCUCCAGCGACUCCGUCAGCGGAGUCUUCGAGCCUCUGAACCUUCCCUCCGGCGCCAGUGCCUUACUGGGAGGCAUCACCAGCGCCUUCAGCUGCCUCGACCGUCCCUACGGCUACUACGCUGACCAGGACAACUCGUGCCGUGUCUUCCACGUGUGCAACCCGACGCUCUUCUCCAACGGCGCCGUCGAAACCUACCAGUACAGCUUCAUGUGCGGCGAGGGUUCGGUGUUCGACCAGAAGGAGCUGACCUGUGUGGCAGAGUCGUCCGCCAUCCCCUGCCAGGAAUCCUCCAACUACUUCUACACCAACGAGCAGUUUGGACGCCCCGAAGAUAAAUCUUUUUAAGAGAAUGGAAAACUAUCCUUUAUAAAGGCAGAUAAUUUUUCUGAUCUGCUACAUAAGCAGGAAGUUUAAUUUGUAACUUCAUUAAAUGAAGUGUAUUUUCCAAUAAAUUAA